UCCUGUGUAGGUGGCGCUAGAGGCCGACGGUGGGGUCGUAGGGAGAGGUUGCUGCCGCCAUUUUGUGGGGUGUUUGUCGCAGCGACUGGGAGAGGAGACGGCAGUUUGGUGACAAUUAUUGGCCAAAGGGCCUUUUGCUUUUGCGGAGAUGCGGCAUUCCAAAAGAACUCACUGCCCUGACUGGGAUAGCAGAGAAAGCUGGGGACAUGAAAGCUACAGUGGAAGUCACAAACGGAAGAGGAGAUCCCACAGUAGUACACAAGAGAUCAGACAUUGUAAACCACAUCACCAGUUUAAAGAAUCUGAUUGUCAUUAUUUAGAAGCAAGGUCCUUGAAUGAGAGAGAUUAUCGGGACCGGAGAUACAUUGAUGAAUACAGAAAUGACUACUGCGAAAGAUAUGUUCCUAGGCGUUAUCACAGAGACGUUGAAAGCAGUUAUCAAAUCCACUGCAGUAAAUCUUCAGUCCGAAGCAGGAGAAGCAGUCCUAAAAGGAAGCGUAAUAGACACUGUUCAAGUAAUCAGUCACGUUCGAAGAGCCACCGAAGGAAAAGAUCCAGGAGUAUAGAGGAUGAUGAGGAGGGUCACCUGAUCUGUCAAAGUGGAGACGUUCUAAGAGCAAGAUAUGAAAUCGUGGACACUUUGGGAGAAGGGGCCUUUGGCAAAGUUGUAGAGUGCAUUGAUCAUGGCACGGAUGGCAUACAUGUAGCAGUGAAAAUCGUAAAAAAUGUGGGACGAUAUCGUGAAGCAGCUCGUUUAGAAAUCCAAGUAUUAGAGCAUUUAAAUAGUACUGAUCCCAAUAGUGUCUUCCGAUGUGUCCAGAUGCUAGAAUGGUUUGAUCAUCAUGGUCAUGUUUGUAUUGUGUUUGAACUCCUGGGACUUAGUACCUAUGAUUUCAUUAAAGAAAAUAGCUUUCUGCCAUUUCAAAUUGACCAUAUCAGGCAAAUGGCAUAUCAGAUCUGUCAGUCAAUAAAUUUUUUGCAUCAUAAUAAAUUAACCCAUACAGAUCUGAAGCCUGAAAAUAUUUUAUUUGUGAAGUCUGACUAUGUAGUCAAGUAUAAUUCAAAAAUGAAACGUGAUGAACGCACACUGAAAAACACAGAUAUCAAAGUUGUUGACUUAGGAAGUGCAACAUACGAUGAUGAACAUCAUAGUACUUUGGUAUCUACACGGCAUUACAGAGCUCCAGAGGUCAUUUUGGCUUUAGGUUGGUCUCAGCCUUGUGAUGUUUGGAGCAUAGGUUGCAUUCUUAUUGAAUAUUACCUUGGUUUCACAGUCUUUCAGACUCAUGAUAGUAAAGAGCACCUGGCAAUGAUGGAACAUAUAUUAGGACCCAUACCAACACACAUGAUUCAGAAAACAAGGAAACACAAGUAUUUUCAUCAUAAUCAGCUAGAUUGGGAUGAACAUAGUUCUGCUGGUAGAUAUGUUAGGAGACGCUGCAAACCAUUAAAGGAAUUUAUGCUUUGUCAUGAUGAAGAACAUGAGAAACUGUUUGACCUGGUUCGAAGAAUGUUAGAAUAUGAUCCAGUGAAAAGAAUUACCUUGGAUGAAGCAUUGCAGCAUCCUUUCUUUGACUUAUUAAAAAAGAAAUGAAAUGGAAAUCAGUGGUCUUACUAUACUUCUCUAGAAGAGAUUAUUUAAGACUGUGUCAGUCAACUCUAAACAUUCUAAUAUUUUUGUAAACCUUAAAUUAUUUUGUACAGUUAAGUGUAAAUGCUGUAUGUUUUGUAUCAAUUGCAUAAUUAUCUUGUUAAGCAAAUAUGGUCUUGAUAAUGAAUGAAAUAUAAAAGCUAAAAUUAAUUUUCCUUUUUUGAGAUUAAUUGCCAUUUUUAAAGACCUUUGGAAUAUCCUUUGUGUCCAGCGAUAAAUGUGAUUGAUCUUACCUUUUUGUACAUGAAGGUUGACUCUUGGAAGUGAUUUUUGUGUUUUGUUUUUUGUUUUUUUUGAGUAAAAGGAAAUCUUGACUACUUCAUUCUUAAAUGAAUAUUCUUUAUUUACCUCAAACUUUUCUUAACUUUAAAAGUUUUUUCUGUAAUUGUUGAACAGGUAAUAAGUAUUAUUAACUCUAGGUAGACAGGUAUUAGAAACCAAAACCCAUAGGAACUGUUUGCUGUUGGAAUUUCAUUAAAUUGUAAGUAUUGUGUUCUGUUUCAUUGGGUGAUGUCAGUGGUGGUAAGUAGCAUUCAUGGAAAGACAUCCAACUUUUGCAUCGUAAUAGGUUAAUAAAACCGCAUACACACUUCG